CGACCCCGCCCUACGGGAAAACCCCCCUGAAGUCCCUCUUUAUGAAAAGUUAGUUCGCUGCAUUGUUGAUGCGCCUCGGGUCACCAGAUUUCAGAUUGACUGGGACGACGAGGUAUCUGUGGGGCCCCCGGGGGCCCCCGGGGGCCCCCAGGAGGGCGGCCCCCGCGUGGGGGCCCCCAGCUCGCCCCAGCAGCCGUUGAAGGCUUCCCCAGAGGGCCCCGCGCAGGACUCCGAGGCCGCAGCCACUGCUGCAACAACCCCGCCUGCUGCUGCUGCUGCUGCUGCUGCUGCAGCAGCAGGGGGGGGCCCCUCGUCCCCCACAGAAGAUGUAAGCGACGGCAGGGGCCCCACAGACACCAAACGCAGGGGCCCCCUAGCCCGGGGGGCCCCCGGGGCCCCCGACACCCCCAGGGGCCCCAAGCGGCGGCGAGGCGCGGGAAGCGAAGGCGCUCCCGCUGCUGCAGCUGCUGCUGCUGCUGCAGCUGCUGCUGCUGCUGAGGGCAGCGAGCAGCAAACUGCGUAG